CCUCCCCGGCCGCCGCUGCCUCCUCCUCCCCCUCCUUCUUAUCCUCCUCCUCCUCCUCCUCCUGCCAGCCUCAGACGCCCGGACUGCGGGAACCAUGGAAGUCUCUGUAGAGACCACCUUCCAACAGGAAAGGCUUCAGGCCAUUGCGGAGAAGAGAAAGAGGCAAACUGAGAUUGAGAACAAGCGGCGGCAAUUGGAAGAUGACCGGAGGCAGCUGCAGCAUUUAAAGUCCAAGGCCCUUCGGGAGCGAUGGUUGCUAGAGGGGGCCCCCUCCACCGAUUCCCAGGAGGAUGAUGUGAUGAAGAAGCAAAUGCAGGAGGACGAACAGAAGGUCAAACAGCUGGAGGAUUCUAUCCUGAGGUUGGAGACUGAGCUAGAGAUCCUGGAGACAGAGGACUCUGUCCCAGCUACCAGGGAGAAUGUGGUGGUCCCAGCCCAGGCCCCAGCCCCAAGCCCUGUGAAGGAGGAGAGAAAGGAAGAGAAGAUCCUUCAUUCCCAGAAGACCCCAGUGGCCUCACCCAGAGAGAAGAAAGUCACCAGCAGCCCCAUGAAGGUGGUGGAAGGCACUGAGAUGAUGAAGGCAGCCAUGUACUCUGUGGAGAUAACCGUGGAGAAGGAUAGGGUGACUGGGGAGACGAAGGUUCUGUCCAGCACCACCCUGCCCCCUCAGGAGCCCUUUCUGCAGGGGGUGAAGGUGUAUGAGGACGAGAUGAAAGUGGUUCAUGCAGUGGACGGCACCACAGAGAAUGGCAUCCACCAGUUGAGUUCCUCAGAGGUAGACGAGCUGAUCCACAAAGCAGAUGAGGUGACGCUGAGCGAGGUAACAGUGACAGCAGCCCCCGAAGCCCGAGGGACCCCUGAGGUGACCAGAUCCACCCCCCGGCGGGAGAUCACCGGAGUACAGGCACAGCCGGGAGAGGCCUCGGGCACUGAGGCAAGCCAGGAGCAGCCAGUCACCAUGAUCUUCAUGGGCUACCAGAAUGUGGAGGACGAGGCCGAGACCAAGAAAGUCCUGGGCUUACAGGAUACCAUCAAGGCUGAGCUGGUGGUAAUCGAGGACCCGGCCCCGCCCAACGGAAGCGCCCAGGAACCAUCGGCCACUGUCGUCACCACUGCCCCAGACAGCAAGGAAGAGAACCAGGUUGGGGAGAAGCCGGGCCUCCAAAGCCCUCCGGUAGAUGUCACAGCCAGCGCAGACAAAGACCUGGAUAUGAAGAAACAACGUUGUCGGUGUUGUUCUGUAAUGUGAGGCCCCCGGGCCCGUUGUCCCCUGGCCCCGACACCGCCUUCGAGCCACUCUGUGCCAUGCCCAUGCUGGCCAUACUGCCAAGGCCCAGCGUCUUCACACACACACACAUAUACACACACACACACUCACACACUCACACACACACAUGCCAGAUUUUAUUGACACGAAAAUCUCUUUAUGAAACAGAAAAUUAAACCUUAUACCUGUUUCUCUUGCAACCCUUAACAUACUCCUAACAACACACACACACCCAUACUCAGAAAUAAACACACUUGCACCCCUGUGCAUACACCAAACACUGAGACACACACAGAUUGAUGAUGCCCGGUCACCCAGACUCAACUCAGAGUGAUGCACACUGUUACAGAAACACACAUCUUUGGUCACACUGAGAAAUAUUGUAUGCAGGGACCCAGGACUAGAUUACCCAGACCUACAACUCCCCAUACACACACACACACACACACACACACACACACACACACACACGGAAGCACUCCAGAUACACAGUCAGACAAGUGCAUCCACACGGACACACGGACAUUCAGAUAGACAGAGACAUCGAUUCAAGCGACACAUAUUCAACCUAGCCGCAGUCCCCAAAACUCAUUUACAAACAUACAGAUGUACUCUUCCCUCCCUCCCCCCCUUCUUAAACAAGGACGAGGACUGUGCGGUUGGUAAAGGGUUCACAACCCCACCUUGCCGAUGGAGCAGCAGCGUCAGCCCUCCUGAGCCCCUGCCUCCAGCCUGUGCCCGCUUCCCACGCCGGCAGGGUGGGGGGUGGGGAACGUGAGCCUGAAGAGGGAGUCGACGACGAAGUCUCCUUUUCUGUCCUGAAGUGUGGUCCAGUGGAGUGAGCGCUGGAUUCAGAGGCAGAAGGCCCGGGUUCAAAGCCCAGCUCUGCUACUUAAUCUCUUUGUGACCUUGGGCAGGUCACUUCUCUCAGCCUCAGUUUCCUCAUCUGUAAAAUGAGGGUGUUGGAUAAGAUGGCCUUGAAGGCCCCUUCCAGCUGUAGGUCUUUGAAGAGGAUGGAUGGGUGGGUUGAGUUUCUGGCCCUGUUCUCCCACUUGUCCUUUGGAGGCGAGGGCUGUCGUUGAAGCGUUGAGCUGGAUCUGAGUGGUGGUCCCCUAACCUCCUGGUGAUGAGCGAAGCCCCGCUGGGAUCCUGCACCUCCCUGGCUCUGUGCCUGUGAAUGGACUAAGAACUUCCCAGUGUGGGUGUUUCCUCCCCAGGUCCCCCAGCUCUCCCUGGGAGCUAGUUGUAUUUGGCCCUGCUUGCUCGUGGUGACUCAGGGAGGGCUGUGGGAAAGCAGAACUUUCCUCCUUUCUGGCGCUUGUGAGCGCGGAAGCAGCUGAGCAGAGGGAGGUUGGGAUGGAGAACCAGAAUUGGAUUUAUGAGACUGUGUGGAUGAGGCCUCAGAUCUGCGAUGGGGGUGGAGGGGAAGACAGUUCUUCCCUGGGUCCACUCCCUGAAUGGAUGAUGGGGUUUGGUUCAGUGAAAACUGGGCCUCCUUUCCUCACCCUCAGCGGAAGGACUCCCGGAGCCCUUGCUGUCUUGAGUUCUGCUUGGUAAACUUUUGCUCUAGAAUGUAGGGACAUUGUUGGAGAUGCUGCUCUGAACUCUCAGGCCUUCUUCAGGUACAGAGGCCAGGUCUAGAACCUGCUGGUGAGUCUAGACCUCCGUGUUCCACUUCCCAAAGUGGGGACAAGACCUAGGCCUCCUAGGGCUGGGUUGUGGAGAUGGUCAGUCUGGACCAAACUUGCCCUCAAAUGCUAGCCUCCCGGGACCAGAUUAGGGUGAACCAGAUGCAGUUGGGACAUGGGGUGGCAAGGGGCAAGACCUUUUUCCCACCUGUGGGCAGCAGGUGCCCCUACAGAAUCACAGCAGGGGCCCUCAGAGACCUUGGAACCCCUUCCUCUACAGAGGGGGAAUGCAGUUGCAGAAAGGUUGGGUGACUUCCCCACCAGAGGCACUCAACCUCGCCCAAGGUAGACCCAAGGUCGUCUGUUGCUGUGGGUACCCCUAGCAUGCUUCUUCCUAGCUGAUCGUGCUCUCUCCCCACCUUGAUCCCCUGGGCCUUCUCCAUCUGGUGCUUCUCUCUUUGGCUGAGCCAGGCCCGGGGUAGGAGGGGAUUUGUUUGGAGCUGCCGAGAGACUCCACUUUCCCUCUCCUGUGCCAUCUUCUCCUAUCUGCUUUGGUGGGGAACAAAAGGAUGCGCCCUUGCCUCUAGCCCAGGAAGGUCUAGAAAGACCCAAAGUCUUGGAGCUGGGCCCUUACUUUGAGGGACAAGGGCAGUGCACACCCUGGAUGUUCUGGGCCCCAGCCCAGGCCCAGCUGUGGGAGCUGGGCUCUUUGUGAGCCCCUCCCUCUGGAGUAGGCUGGCCCACUUUCAUGUCCUUGCUGAACUGAGGCCGGCUGUCCCUGGGCUUGCUUCUGGAUCAGGGUUUGGUUUAUGAAGACCAAUCUUGGCUGGCCUGUGGUCAUUCGUUUAGUGGACCAAGGAGUUUGGGGACAAAGACUCCCUCCCCACCCCUGUGAUUGCUCAAGUCAGCCACUACCAGGAAGAGCACUUCUUUCACACCCAUGACCCCAUGGUUCAGUAGUUCCCAGUUUUAUGAAUUCUAAAAGCUACAGCCUACUGAGCUAGAUGUCAGUCCCCAGGAAAAUUGUAUUCUAGGGAGUUUGGAAGUAUUUAGAAAUGGAAGUAAAUGGUGAUCACCAGGAGCCAGCAUGAGCCCACUGAGAUGAAGUCCUGCCAGCCUGUCCUUUCCUUUUAUGACAGAGUUAUUGGACUGGUAGGUCAUGGAAGGUUAGAGGCCAUCCCUAACCACACUGGUUUUGGCAGUCCUGACUGGUGUCCCAUGUGGUAUGAAUAGGGGUAACCUAAGGAUUUCAAUGCUAGUGAUAUUUUUCCCUCCAAAACAUUAAAUAUGAAAUUAUGUACGUACCCAGGAUACUUGUGUGGCAGUUUUUCAGUAUGAAAAUAGAUAUGAUUUCCUCUUAUUUUGAUCUAACAUUUCCCUGACUGCUGCCACCCCUCCCCCUAAUUCUGGAUAUAUAUGCUAGAAAUAUCCCCACCCCCAACUGCCUGGAGCCAUCUCUUUAACCCAAAGUUGUCUGUGGUAAUGAUUUUGGGUGCCCUCUUCACACACAUACAAUGUAUACACAUACAUGCACGCGUGCACACUUCUGUCCCUGAAUCUAUGUUGGCUUUGAAUUCCCAGGACCUCUUCCCACCCCCAGCUCAGUGCCAUGAGCCAGAGACCCGUGGGCCAUGACCUUGAAACAGACCCCUGGGGCCCAGUGGGGGUGGGCUCCCUCCAGGCCAGCCUGGCCAGGCAGGUCCCUGCCCUCGCCCCUGGUAUGGGAGGGGUACAGCACCCCCACAAUGCCUUUCCGCUACUCCCUCAAGGCCCACAGACCCAAGCAGGGAGGAAAGGUGUGGGCACCUUCACACCUCCCUCCUUUGCCUGUUCUGUCAUUCCAGCCGAUUCUCCCCCUACCCAAGGUCUGCCCCAAGUCUGUGCCUCCCGUAAGUGUCCUUCCUUCUCUCUGCCCUCUUUCAGUGAAAAGGCCCUUAUGAGUUCCACUCACUGUUUGUAAAGACAAAACCACCCCACAAAACUCUCCUCCCUCCCCCUUUGGAGAUGCAAAUAAACAGUGUGAACAGCUUGCCCCUA